GAUAUUUCGUUAUCCCGGUUUAUUUGGACGGUGUGUGGUCAUUACUCUGUCCGUUUUGCUUCACCUCUUAGUUCUUACUCUGCUCCGUCCAAGCCUCCUGUUCUCUCACUCUCUACUUUAUCUCCGUUUCAAAUCUAGAUUUUAUCUUCUCGAAGGACUAAGAGCCCUUUAAUGGGUUCUGAACAAGCUGUGUAUAUCUCAAUCUGAAUGAGCUCUCAUGCCUUUAUUUGGUACUUCUGUAUCUCCACCUUAUAUUGCUACUUCAAAACCUGCUUUCCAAAGUCACCUAGGCAUAUUGAGGGUUCAUCCCCUAUUUCAUGGUAGCAGAUCAAGAAGAUUUGCUUUUGGAAAUGAGAAGAGAUUGGCCUCUCCAUGGAAAGUAUCGAUUGAGGUGCCAAGGAAAGUGAACUUUAAUGUUGGGCAUCACAAUAUGCAUGGCAUUAUCCUGAUCAAAGCAGUUGCCACACUUGAAACUAAAUAUUUGGUGCAUGAUGAAGGCGGACAGGAUGAUGAUCGCAAUUUGCAGUCAGCUCUUGAUUUGGAGCCCCAAGUGGUUCAGCCUCCUGGUGUGGACUCCACGGAAAUGGAUGAGAGAGAGAGGUUAAGGCGAAUGAGAAUCUCCAAAGCAAAUAAGGGAAAUGUCCCGUGGAACAAAGGCAGGAAACAUAGUGCAGAGACCCUGCGGCGGAUAAGAGAGAGAACUAAAAUUGCAAUGCAGGAUCCCAAGGUUAAGAUGAAGCUAGUUAACUUGGGGCAUGCUCAAAGUGAGGAGACGAGAAUAAAAAUUGGAGUUGGUGUGCGAAUGGGUUGGCAACGGCGCCGUGAGAAGCUGAUGGUGCAGGAGACCUGCUAUUUUGAGUGGCAGAACUUGAUUGCAGAAGCUUCAAGAAGAGGUUGUGCUGGUCAAGAUGAGCUGCAGUGGGAUUCAUAUAUGAUCAUAGACGAGGAACUUCAGAAGGAGUGGUUGGAAAGCAUCGAGCAGAGGAAAUCAAUGCCGAGAGCAAAAGGUAGCAAAAGAGCACCAAAGUCUUCUGAGCAACGGAGGAAGAUAUCUGAGGCUAUUUCCGCUAAAUGGGCUGAUCCUGGAUAUCGCGAGCGUGUAUGCUCUGCACUGGCUAAGUACCAUGGCACACCUGGUGGAGUUGUAAGAAAGCCAAGGAGAAGGCCAAGUGGUGAGGCAUCUGUAAGGAGAUCUGUGAAUAAGAAAGUUGGCGAGGCUAAUGGUGCUGAGGGUGAACCUAAAAAUCAAGUCAAGUUCAAGACAAAGAGAAAGAGUGUGCCAUCUUACAAAGAUCCAUUAGCUAAUUCCAAGCUAGAGAUGAUAAAGAAGAUCAGAGCACAAAGGGCAUCCAUGGAGACCAAGAAAAGAGAAGCCAUCGAACGGGCAAAGCUGUUGAUUGCUGAAGCUGAAAAAGCUGCUAAGACCCUUGAGGUGGCUGCUACAAGGAGCCCACUUGCCCAAGCUUCUCUUAUGGAAACCAGGAGGCUUAUAGCUGAAGCAACUCGGUCGCUCAGGGACAUAGAGAUGGAUCAAGUCGCAUCUCAAGAGAGCAAGAAUGACAGCUAUUCUUCCUCCAAGUUGAAUGGAUUUAUAAACCAUUUUGAGAAGCAAAUAGACACAGAAAAUGGUCACACGCCUCUGGAUAAGAGAGAAGUAAAUGGCAGUCAUGUCCUGUCAAAUGAGGACUUCCAUUUCAGCAAGUUCACCCCACAGGACUUGAUGAACGUCAGGGAGACUCUUUCCCCCGUUUCAAGCAGGAAUACAAGCUUUGAUUGCUACAAGUCAUUUUCUUUGCAGCCUGAAAAUUGUAAAGAGCAGUUGAAUCCAAGAGAUCAGCUUGAAAAAAACGGGGUUAUGGAAAGCCAAAGAAUGCCACCGUACAAUGGAGUUGAAACACAGGCAGGUGAUUCUCAGGCAUCUUCGUCUACAUUGACCACUAAGAAGAAGUGGGUAUCUGGAAGACUGGUUGAAGUGGCAUAAGGGGAUUAGUAAAAGGGUCAACUGAGUAUGAAGCCUCUGAUGCAGGUUUUAUGUAUUCUAGUCAUAGAAAUCAAUUUAUCGUUUUUUGAGGGAUAAACUGUUGCCACUGUUGACGAUAUGCUAGUAUAUAUAGUGUGUUGAUCGAUGGUUUUCGAUUGUGUCUUUUUGUCGGGGUUGGGGGGUGGGUAGUUCCUGCCGAUCGAUUCUGGUGAAAUGCAUGAAUACUGCGAUUGUAGUGGCUGUAGAUGUCCCUCUUGAUCAUCUGAACAGGAUCAAUUUAAUGCCUUAUUUAUAAUAGAAAGUGUCAGAUAUUUAUCUACC